AUGAAGUUUUGGUUUUAUAAUAUUAUAUUCUUAGUUUUUAUGUUAAAAUUUUCAAAAUGUUUGGCAUUGUUUAACGACAAAAAUAAACCCAGGCUAUCUUUAACUACAUUGUAUAACAAUAAUAUAUUAACAAAAAAAAAAAAAAAUUUUUUAAAUAUUUCCCCACAAUCAAGUUUACAAUUAAAAAAAUAUGAAUUUAUGCAUAAAAGAAAGCAUGUAAAUUUUAAGAAUAUGCUAAACAAAAAUAACCUUUUAAAAAAUAUAUGCUUUUUAAAUUUUAAAACAUGUGCAUAUAAAAAUUGGAAUACAAAUUUUUUCGUCUUAUUCGUUCGUGGAUGCACUAAUGUAAAACCAAAAACAAAUAAAUCAAUUGCAAAAAGGUUUAAACUAACAAAAAAUGGAAAAUUAAUAAGAAAAAAAUGUGGUGGAAGUCAUAUGCUUAGAAAAAGAACGUCAUCAAAUAGAUCAGCACUCAGAAAAAAAACUGUUAUAGCCUCGAAUAGAAUAGCCAACAAGUACAAGAGUGUAAUUUUUAAGUAA